UAAAUGGAAAAGAAAAGAAAAAGGGGAGUGGGGGCAUACCUGUUGUGCGCAGACGGGAGCAGAAGGCUUGCCAGGGGGAAUUAUUUGCCUCGCUGACAUCAUGUUGAUGUCAGCAUGAGGCACCAUGCACUACCAACGGCUCAAUUGUUUGUAUAAAAAAAUAUUUGGUAGAUCCAACGGUUGUGAUGAACUUGACACUGUUUGAACGGGAAAAAAAUGAUCCAACGGCUGAAAUUUAAAUCCAACGGUUGAAAUAAUUUAUUUUAUUUUUCUAUUAUUUUUAAUUGAUAUUUUGCUCGAAAAUCCUAUAUAAACACCUCAUUCCUUCUUAUUUUAAUCACACAUCUUCCAUAUCUCUCAUUCUUCAUCAUAUUUUUUCACUACAAUUUUGUUAUGUCUUCCUCAAAAAGGGGUGUUAAUUGGAAUGCUAAAGAGGAUGUUGUUCUAUGUAAUGCUUGGGUCACCAUAUCUGAAGAUGGUGCCAUUGGAAUAAAUCAACCGGGGGAGACUUUCUGGGGCCGAAUUCACGAGAUAUUUUCGGCACAAAGUCAAAUUCCUCGAACUCGAGAUGCAAUUGAGUCUCGUUUCAAGAUCAUCAAUAAUCAAUGUUCUCAAUGGAAAGGUUGUGUGCGGAAAGCGAACGCAACUCCGAGGAGUGGGUCAAACCUAGACGAUUUGAACUUUCAAGCCAAAGACAUUUUCAUGAAUGAUAACAAUGGCAAGACAUCCAAAUUUGAGCAUGCGUGGCGUGUCCUCCAAGUGUGUCCGAAGUGGUACCAACAAUACGAAGCUCCGGUAUCCUUCUCCCGGCCAAUAUCGUCUCCACAAUCGCACGAUUCGCCCACACUCGGAGGUAGUGCUAGCUCUCCCUCGGAUGGAGAGCCACUUCAACGUCCCGAAGGCCGGGACAAGCAAAAGGCCAAAAGAAGUGGAAAAGCAAAGGUGUCUAAGUUAGAUCCAAUGAUGACGCAAUGUUUACAAGAAAUGAUUGAGCAAGGCAGAGAACAAGCUUCAAGAA